CAAGACGAAUGUGUUCUUAUUGAUUUGUGAUAUUGACACGUGAUAUUACCAUUGCCUACAAAAUUUUCUUUUCAUUAUGGGAUUAAUUUUUCACUCUCACAUAUUUUUAAGUAAUACUCGCCUAAUAUUUGACCAUGAUUAAGCUAAAAACAUGGAGUCCGUCCCUUUCGUCUUAAUCUUUCGCGGGAUUCGCUCUUCUUUUGCCGCCUCCCGUACUGUACUGUCUAUCUGUAGGGACGAACAGCACAGCCCCGAGGUGUUCCGGCGGCGCGACGGCCGACGAGAAGUUAAAGAGCUGAAAUUUCUUGCUUCCCUGAAAUAAGAACCGGGUCAGAAACACCGCAGGCGUCGAUAUAUUUGUAUGGAGAAUUCAAAUGGAUAAUCAUGAUGGAAUUUCUCCCUGGAAGAAAAAGUAAACCGCGAUGCGAUGGCAAAGACAACUUCAUCUUCUGCAUGUUGUCCAUCAAGAAGCUUCAAUAGCUCGCGAUGAAUUAAAUGGGCAGACAUGUGCGUUUUAAAAAUGUGGUCUUCACUGAUUCUUCUCCCUUUGCGAUGCUGCUGGACGCUUGCGGCCAAGCCAGGUCGGCGCGUGAUACCCGCCGGGUCCACGCUCAGGUCAUCAAGUCACCGUUUGCGGUGGAAGUCUUUAUCCAGAAUAGGCUCAUCAACGUUUAUGGGAAAUGUGGCUGCUUGGACGAUGCCCGCCGGGUGUUCGAGAAAAUGGCCCGGAGGAACACCUUCACCUGGAAUGCGAUCCUCAGCACGCUAACAAAGUUCGGUUUCAUCGAGGAAGCAGAGGCAGCUUUUGGCUCGAUGCCUGACCGGGACCAGUGCUCGUGGAACUCGAUGCUAUCCGGGUUCGCGCAGCAUGAGAGGUUCGAUGACGCCUUGGGCUGUUUUGCCUCUAUGCAUAAAGAAGAUUACGUCCUUAAUGAGUACUCGUUUGGGAGCGCUCUCAGUGCUUGUGCUGGGCUGGUGGAUAUGAGCGCAGGGGAGCAAAUCCAUGCUCUGUUGUCAAAGUCUCAGUGCUCAUCCGAUGUUUUCAUGGGGUCUGCUCUCAUUGAUAUGUACUCCAAGUGCGGGAAUGUGGCCUCUGCUCAGAGGAUCUUUGAUGGGAUGAGCGCCCGGAAUCUAGUCUCUUGGAAUAGCUUGAUUACUUGCUACGAGCAGAAUGGACCAGCAAGAGACGCCCUAGACGUUUUCGUGAGGAUGAUGGAUCAGGGGUUUGAACCUGAUGAAAUCACCCUAGCAAGUGUACUAAGUGCAUGUGCAACCCUUUUGGCGGUGAGAGAAGGGCUUCAGAUUCACGCCCGUGUCAUGAAAUUUGAUAAAUUUAGGAAUGAUAUUGUCACUGGGAAUGCGCUGGUGGAUAUGUACUCGAAAUGUGGUCGGCUUAAUGAAGCUCGAAAGGUCUUUGAUCGGAUGCCCAUUAGGAAUCUCGUGUCCGAGACUUCCAUGGUGAGUGGGUAUGCAAAGGCAGGAAGUUUAAAGGCUGCAAGAGUCAUGUUCACGAGGAUGAUUGAGAGGGAUAUCGUGUCUUGGAAUGCACUUAUAGCAGGAUGCACUCAGAAUGGUGAUGAUGAGGAGGCCUUUGGGCUCUUCCAACUCCUGAAGAGGGAGUCUGUCAAGCCCACGCACUACACAUUUGGCAACCUGCUUAACGCUUGCGCAAACCUCGCAGAUCUGCAACUGGGCCAGCAGGCCCAUGUCCACGUCUUGAAGCAUGGCUUUCAUUUCCAGUCUAAGGGAGAGGAUUCUGAUAUCUUUGUUGGGAAUUCGCUGGUAGACAUGUACAUGAAAUGUGGUUCUGUUGAAGACGGAUCUAGGGUUUUUAGGAGCAUGUCGGAAAGGGACAGAGUCUCAUGGAAUGCCAUAAUAGUUGGGUUCGCACAGAAUGGUUAUGCAGACGAGGCUCUCAGAGUAUUCCAUGAAAUGUUGGAAUUUGGCGAGAAACCGGACCAAGUAACUAUGAUUGGUGUUCUUAGUGCUUGCAGCCACUCAGGACUCGUAGACAAGGGCCGUCUUUAUUUUCGAUUGAUGGUUGAAGAUUAUGGCUUGGUACCAGUAAAAGAUCACUACACAUGUAUGGUAGACCUGCUUGGGCGAGCUGGUCUCCUCAAUGAAGCGAAGGACUUGAUAGAGGCAAUGCCCUUGCCUGCUGAUGCUGUCAUCUGGGGUUCACUGCUUGCUGCCUGUAAAGUUCACAGGAACAUUGUUCUAGGAAAGUAUGUAGCGGACAAGCUCUUAGAGAUCAACCCUUCCGAUUCUGGCCCUUAUGUCCUGCUCUCUAACAUGUAUGCGGAACGAGGCAGGUGGAGCGACGUCGUCAGGAUAAGGAAGAAGAUGAGGGAACAGGGAGUUGUUAAACAGCCUGGGUGCAGCUGGAUAGAGGUCCAGGGUCAGGUUCAUGUUUUCCUCGUGAAGGAUAAGAGGCACCAGCAGAAGGGUGAGAUUUACUCGGUUUUGAAGACUCUGGUUAAACAGAUGAAGCGAGCUGGGUAUGUCCCAGAUACCAAGGAUGAUGAUCAAGAGGCCUAUGAAGAACUGAGUGAACCCGAGCCCGAAUCGAAUGUUUCAAGUCAGACGAAAGCAAUGGCACCGGAUGCUGCUGAAGCCUGAUGCUUAGUUCACCUAAACGGUUCUACUUCUAUGUAUUUUAUCCGUACCAUGAAGAGCAGCACCAAAGCAUACUUGAGUCAACAGAGUUUUUUUUUUUUUUUUUUUGCCCUUUUCCAUCUUAAACAAUCUUAAACAAUGACAAAAGGGCGAGCUUUUGGCCACUCGCCCCUCUUUUUUUUUUUAAUAAUAAAAUAAACAAUGAAAAGUGUAAACGCGUCCCUACUUUUUGCCACUAGCCCCUCUUUUAUUUUUUUUUUCUUUUUUUUUUAAAUUUCAGUUUCAUUUUUUUUUUUUUAUAAUGAGGUGCUGAGGUUUCACCUUAUUAAUCAACCAUGUGAAUACCAUGUAAGUUCAUGAGACAUUUAAGUUUAGUUAUAGGCCGUA